CGGAGUCCACGCUCUGAAUAAUUCAAGCUCCCAUACCCUCUCCUCCACCGCUAACAAGAUGCCGGCCGUACAUCACAAACUGCUCCUGGAGGACGCUUUGCAGGACAGUCCUCAGACUCGCUCCUUGCUCAGUGUGUUUGAGGAAGAUGCUGGGAUGCUUACAGACUACACCAACCAGCUGCUACAAUCGAUGCAGCGUGUGUUUGGAGCCCAGAGUGAGAUGGGGUUGGCCACAGAGCAGCUCUCACAGCAACUUCUGGAUUAUGAGAAGAAAAAUUUUGCCCUUGGAAAAGGUGAUGAAGAGGUAAUCACCACGCUGCAGAACUUUGCCAAAACUGUAGGGGAGCUGAACUCGCUCCACUCUGAGCUAGCCAACCAGAUGGCUGACAGCAUGGUGUUCCCCCUGAUCCAGUUCCGAGAGAAGGACCUUACAGAGAUAAGCACACUGAAGGAAAUAUAUGGCAUUGCAACAGAUGAGCAUGAGGCAGCUAUGGUCAAAUACAGCCGAUUGCCCAAGAAGAAGGAGAAUGAGAAGCUGAAGUCAGACUUGGUGAAGGAGGUCGCCUACACUAGAAGGAAGCAGCACCAGGCCUCACUGCAGUAUUACUGCGCCCUCAAUGCCCUGCAGUAUCGCAAGAGAGUAGCGAUGCUCGAACCUAUGCUAGGGUACACACACGCACAGAUUGGCUUCUUCAAGAAAGGCAUUGAGCUGGUGUCAAAGAAGAUGGACAACUUUCUCACCUCUGUGUCCAACAUGACUCAAAAUAUCCAGGCCCAGCUGGACACAGAGGCAGAGGCCAUGCGUGUGUCCCAGAGGGAGCUUCUGUCUGUGGAGGACACUGUCUAUAUGCCAGAUAAGGAUACUGAGCCUGUCAAUCGCACACUUAUCCAGAAGGCUGGCUUCCUCAACAUUAGAAAUAAAACAGGCCUAGUGACCACAGCCUGGGACCGACUGUACUUCUUCACCCAGGGAGGAAACCUCAUGUGCCAGCCGCGUGGGGCAGUGGCGGGGGGCAUGGUGCUGGACCUAGACAACAGUUCUGUCAUGGCUGUGGAGUGUGAGGACAGACGCUACUGCUUUCAGAUAACCUCUCCCACAGGCAAAACGUCAAUGAUUCUACAAGCCGAGAGCAAAAGGGAAUAUGAAGAAUGGAUUUGCACUGUGAACAACAUCUCCAGACAGAUCUACCUGACUGACAACCCAGAGGCUGUGGCCAUUCGACUGAACCAGACGGCCAUCCAGGCAGUGACCCCGAUCACCAGCUUUGAGAAGAGACCAGAGGGCUCGCCCAACCCUGACAGAGCGAAACCAGGAGGUGUAAAUGCUGUCAGUGGUGGUUCUCAGAAGUCAGGGGCUGCUACGGAGCCAGAAGACUUGAUAGCCCCUGGGACACCCAUUCAGUUCGACAUCAUGCUGCCAGCCUCCGAGUUUCAGGACCAGAACAGGGCUGGAGGGAGACGCACAAAUCCUUUUGGAGAAACAGACGAUGACUGUUCAACAGAAAGUGACGACUCCCUCCUGCAGCAAGUAUUCGCUGUGCGCUUCCAGGGCUCAAUGGCGGUGCGCUGUGGCAACAAUCAGGAGGUGAUCUAUGAGGCCAUGAGGCAGGUGCUGGCUGCCCGAGCCAUCCACAACAUCUUCAGGACCACCGAAUCCCACCUCAUGGUCACCAGCAGUAGUCUCAGGUUGAUUGACCCUCAGACUCAAGUCACAAGAAUAAGCUUCCAACUCGGAGAAGUGUGUCAGUUUGCAGCCCACCAAGAGAAUGGGAGGCUGAUGGGGUUCGUGGUCGAGGGCAGAGACUGGAGUGAUGGAGAUGAGGAGGGAGAGCCCUCAUUUAGCGCCUUCGUCUUUGAGAGCAACACAGAGGGCGAAAAGAUAUGUUACACCAUAAGUUUGGCGAAGGAGAUUGCAGAAGCCAAGAAGGACCCAGAGGCCCUGGCCCAGCUGAUGAAGAACAUGCCUCUCACCAAUGACGGUAAAUUCCUGCUGCUGGAGCCUGAGACGGGCGACACAACCAACGGGGCAGAAGACGACCUUGAGUCUGAAGCCUAGUCCCAGCUAGGACCAAAAGAAAAACAACCAAGACCAGGGCCACGGUCCAGCUUUUGACCAGGAGAGAAGGCUUUCCCUGGAUAACAGUGACAUCAUGACCCGCUAGCCCUAACUCUGGUACUGUAACACCCAUAUUAGAGAGUGUAGUUCACUUCCACUUACCCUGUGUUACUAGAGUUUUUUGCUGUCAUGAAAGCAGAAGACGUUGGCAGGGGGUCCCAAAAGCACAUCUCGUGGGUGCUCCAUUAGAUCUGCUUUUCUAAGGUCAGACUGUUGCAUGGGUCUUUGGAUUUGGAGUUGUUUUUACACCACUGUGGGUGGUACUUCCAUCAAAAGGGACACUAUAUAGAUAUUGAUUGUCAUUCAUUGUUUUCUAAUAUCCCCAGCCAUCUAACAGAAGGUGGUGACUCGUUUGCUUCAUUUUAGGUUUACAUAGUUUGGAGUCUGUUUGGAGAGUUCAUUCCUUGACUUUGUUUUACAUGUUAACUUGUACGUAAGGCUUUUAUGCAACUACUUUGGUGUUUUUUUUUCUUGUUUAUUUGUGUACAAAAAAAAAGUUAUUGCACUUCCAAGGUUAAUAUUUACUUAAUAAUGCUUGAUGGCUACAGAAUGCACUAACUGAGGCAUUUGAAGGAUCCUAAACUUAAGAUAAUGAAGAACUUAAAAUAGGUAAAAAUCACAUUGGUUUCUUUUCUCUGCAGACGAGUGACUGUUGCGUUGCUUGUUGUUGUUACUCUGUGUGAGCACGUGUGUCCUGAAGCAGUGGACACAGUUGGUGGAGCGAUUAGACUGAAUUUUUGUUCUCUCUGCACUCUUGCCACUAUCUAAAGCAUUCCCUGUAAACCGAAUCAAGUUUAGGAUGAUCUUUAUUAACAUGAUCUGUAUGCAAGGUCCUUCUCAAGCAGCCCAAAUAUUCUUAAGUAAAACUGGUACUUUGCUUUAGGUUUGUUGAAAGCCUGUGUAAAUAUGAACCGUCUGAGUGUCUAUAUGAUGUUUAAUCAGAGUUGGCUGCAUUAAAGGCUUUCACUUUUAAAAGCUAGGACCGAUGCGGUGCAUGAUUAAAUAAUGGCAUUCUCUCUCAGUCCAUUCGCAGAGAUUAAAACCUCUAAAUUGAGCACUGAGCUGUAAUACUAAAAAAAAUAAAACCACUGAAACGUUACAGUAACGCAUGUAGGCAGAACACAGUGGUGUAUUAUGUACUCUGAAAAGCAGCUCGCUCUUUGCUCACACACAUAAAUAUUAAACAGAACAAAACUGAAGGGAAGCGACUGAUCUGUGAAAUUCUGCCUUCUCUUUAGAUCCCAGUGCAGUUUUAAACCAUUUCAGCCUAUUUGAACUGUAACGCUAAUCUCAAUGGACAGAGGAAGCCUGUGGUGCACUGUGUGAAUGUGACAUGUUUUGGUACUGUGUAAAACAGACGAGGUCAAAACCACUGACUUGACGUUGAUCGUGAAAGUAACAUUGUAUUGACCAGUGCGUGUCUGCUUGCUUUUUCUCCUCUAUAUCAUCAGAGCUCUUGGUAGAAUCACAUUAAACAAGAAUUAAGUGUGGAUACUUGAGGACUGCCUGCUCUACUGGUGACUAGUUAUGAUUGUUUGAUUGCUUGUGACACUACUCAUUGUAAUCAGAGGAAUAGUUUAUUUAGGAAAUGUAUUUAUUCGCUUUCUGGUGCAGAGUUGAUGGAGGAUUGAUGCCACUUUCACAUCUCCCCGUUAAAGUGGAAAAAGACAAAUUUUUUACUUUGACUUAUCAUCAUGAAGGAAAUCUUCAUAACACAAUGUAGUGGCUGUAGAAUGACACCAACAGUGUUUAGACUGGUUCCCUAUAAGGCCCAAUGUGUCUGUCUGCCACCGGGUACGAAAAUAAAGGCUUGUUUUACGGCACAACCAUUACGCAACAAAAACAGGAGGAGGAUAGCGCUUCUAUCUUCCCCUGUAGCUAUCCCCACGUACGAAACAAUAUCAAUGAAAGUUCUUUGUAGUUACUAUCCCUGGUAGCAGAAAUGGCAGACGAAGUAACUGAAAAACAAAAUGUGUCCUGUGUCGUUGGUAGUUGAUAGGCUCAGAGGAAAAUAGAGAGCAUUCUAGUUGUCUUUGUGACAGCAGCGCCACAAUACCACCACUAAGGAUAAAGCUGAAAAGUUGUCUAUCUACACUUAAAAUUUGAAGCUACAGCGCAGCACAGAUAGUGGGAACAGCUAGCCUGGCUCUGUCAAAUGGUACCAAAAUCUUUCUAACUGUCUAAUUAUCACAAAUGAAUACCUAAAUCAUUAGUUUUAUCCUUGUAAAAACAUAAAUAUAACGUUUGAUAGAUGGUUUUGUGCUGGACUAUUUCUUGGCCGUAACCAGUAACUUCUUGGGAGUCUCUACUGGUUGCCUGGCAACCGGUCAGGGCCAAGAAAUACUCCAGCACAUAACUCCCUCAAAUGUUUUUACGCUUCAGUUUUUGUACAUUUUUUAAACAAAUAUAUUAUUUAGUAAGCUUUAAAAGUCCUGGUAGCUGGACUUCGUUACUGAUUGACAGUUUCCUUUCUACUGUGAUUGUGCUAAGCUAACCGACAGCUGGCUGUAGCCUUACAUGUAACGGACAAAUACAAGAGCUCUAUCCAUCUCCUCUAACUCUCCUCCAGAAAGCGAAUGUGUAUUUUCCUAAAUGUCAAACGUUUGCUUGAAGUUGUAACGGUGAACCAUUUCUUUGUUUCCUGAUGUAAAUGCAUAGAAAUGCAAGAAAAUGUCCAUCCAUGAGACUUGUACCCUCCGUCCGCAGGUGUUGGUUGAGAAGCUUCAAUCACACCAUUAAUAAAACUACAGCAAUGCAUAUAAAGCAGGCUUAGAGCAUCAGUCUACAGAAGUCUGAGAUCUUUUUCUGUUUGAUGACCGACACGAGCUGCUGCCUGUGUUGUUCCUUUGAUUGAUGGCUCAGCUGGUGAGGAGUUUCUCCGACUUCACCUUCCACUCAAGAAACCAAAUCCUCUUAUUGUGGCGUGCUGCAGCCCAUUACACCUCCUACAGCUGUGCUGCAUAGUCUUGAUAUAUUUUUGCUUUGCCAGUUAAUGCACAGUCAGGAAAAAUCUGGGUCCUCAUUGUGAGGAAAAUAAAUUCCAGUAAUAUAGCAAGGACUGCAUUUUCUCCCCUCUCUCUGUCUUUUUGUAAAUGGCUGAAGUUGACAGAAUCCAUUACCCAUAAGGCUUUGCACUUAAUUUGUCCUAGUUU